AUGGCUUGGAAAUCUUCAGCUGGUGUUAAACUACAAGAAUUUUAUAAUAGGACCCCGUUCUCUGGGACGCAGGGCAGGGUGCGCUGGCGCGGAGGCUCGGAGGAAUGCGGUCGGGCGGCCGCGGGGGGAGGCUGGGAGGGACAAAGGGAACUGGUUCUGCUUCCUGUACGUGUCGGAUGUCCUGCGGCUUCCGCGCCCGCGCGUCUCACCAACGGGUUACGGAUAUCAGUCACUGAAUUAGACGAAUCAAAGGGAAAAAGGCAUGGCCGAGAUAUUUCUGUUCGCUGCAUCGCUCCUGUCACGCCACUCCAGCCUAUUCCUCGUUAUCCGUUGACAGUCGCCUGGGCCCCGUCUACAUUAUGCUUCAAUCUGGAUGAGGAAAAAGUGGUUAAACAUUUGACGAUACAGAAUAGUAACACACAUUCGAUCUUUGUCCAAUGUUGCGGCCUAUGGGAUAGUACUGCUAGACUGGGUGCGAGCUGGAGAUGCUACCCGCGGGGGAGGUUCCUGCUGGCGCCGGGCGUCGGGGCCGCGCUCGCCGUGAGCGCCGCGCCGCGUCCGUACGCGUGCCCGCUGCCUUCUGCACACCUGGCUCUGCAGCUCGCGGCGGCGCACAUGAGGGACAACGUUGCUGGAUAUUUCAUGGUACCGAUUCAAGUUUGUUUUAAAAAUUAUAUACCCCUUCUGCAACCUGAAUAAAAUAGACGAGCCGUUUGUAUCCAAAAUGUCAAGAGGUGACAAUUAUUUAUGACACGGGGGCAAAGUGGUUGUUUAACCCCUCGUGCUAAUAUUGAUGGAGUAUGCGAAAGAUCCCAAAAUUGAAUCACGGGCGUAGCGAGUCGAAUGUUGAGCGUUGUGAGGCACACACGAGGGUUAAACAAACUUUGUUCCAGAGUGAAACACACAAUUUUUCACCACACCAACAACGCAAGCUAAAUACUAACUGUAAAAUCAUUUACAUUGUAAAACAUUACAAAUCUAAUUCAAA